AUGGUGUCGUCGAUGAUCAAGAAGGUCUUGCACCUGGCGACAGUAGCUAUAUCUCCAGUCAUUGCAAAACCUCAUUCAAAAUGCACAGCCGGAACCCUACUGAUCCCUAACGGGACCAUCUCCUCAGUCCAGCACCACGUUGCUGGGGAUGUCAUACCCUUGCCGAACACAGUAGCAUCCUGCGGAGGUCCAAACUUCAAAGCCAACAUUACAGCAGACCUCUGUAGAAUUGUUAUCAGCGUCUCAACGAGCGACUCCAGCUCAGUCCGUAUCGAGGCAUGGCUUCCGGAUGAUUGGAACAAACGUCUACUGGCCACAGGAACAGGCGGCAUUGGAGGAUGUAUCGAUUUCCCAACUGUCCAAAAUGGAGCACAACUUGGUUUUGCAAGCUUCGGAACCAACACAGGCCAUGAUGGUGAGCAGGGGUUUGACUUCUUCCUGAACCAGCCAGAGGUUAUCAACGACUUUGGCCAUCGAGGGAUCCACGUUGAAGCCGUAGUCGCCAAGCAAAUCGUGCAGCAGUAUUACGGCAAAAAAGCCUCAAAAAGCUAUUAUCAAGGCUGUAGCACUGGAGGGCGCCAAGGUCUGCAGAAUGCUCAACUCUACCCCGAUGACUUUGACGGAAUCCUUGCUGGAGCGCCAGGCAUUGACUGGCUUCACAUUGUGGCGUCAAAAGGCAUCCUUGCUCGACGGAUUGGAUGGCCUGAUCUGACUUCUGAUGCAUAUGUUCGACCCGAACAGUGGAAGGCGAUCGUGGCCAAACAGAUUGAGCUGCUCGAUCCUCUGGACGGUGUCGAGGAUGGUAUCAUUGACAACCCUGCUGCGCAUGCCAUUGACCCAGUGAUCAUGGCCUGUGGCACUGGUCUAUUCAACAGUUCUAUCUGUCUGAAGCCCCAGCAAGUAGCGUCUGUCAGGGCAGCCUACGAACCUCUGGCAGACUCAGAAGGCAAUAUUGUAUACCCAGGAUUUGCAUUGGGUGCUGACACGAGCGUCUUCUCAGCCAACCAGGUCAACGGUACUGCAGACCUGAACUACAAAGUCUUACAGGACUUCUGGCGCGGCGCGGUGUACAACGACUCCACUUGGACACCUCACAACUUCACGGUCAAAGACAUGGACUUUGCCAUUAAACUCAACCCAGGAGGCGUCAAUGCCGCAGAAGGCGAACUUCAGAAGUUCUACGCCAAAGGAGGGAAGAUAAUCUCCUACCAUGGUCAAGCUGACCAAACCAUCACACCCAAAUUACCAGCUGAGUAUUACGCCAAGGUUCAAGCCAACAUCAACGCCACGCUAGAGAAUAUGCACUCCUUCUACAGACUUUUCUUCGUUCCUGGGAUGUAUCACUGCUCAGGAGGUCCUGGUGCAUUCGAUAUUGGUCAGGUGUAUCCGUUGAAGAAGGAUAGACUUACCGCUGAAGAGAAUGUUCUCCUGGCUCUGACGAAGUGGGUUGAGGAGGAUCAAGAACCUGAGACUAUUAUUGGCGCCAGAUUUGGCAGCAGUGGGACUCCAGACAAAGCUAAAGUACAGCGAAAGUAUUGUCCGUACCCGUAUGAGAGCAGAUGGGAUGGAUCUGGAAACACCACCAAGGCCGAUAGUUGGUACUGCAAGCUUCCUGGAGCAUAA